AUGGCCUCCCUUGCUGCAGCAAAUGGAGAAUUUUGCUUCAACCUGUUCCGAGAGAUGGGUAACAGUCAAGGAAGCGGCAACGUGUUCUUUUCCUCUCUGAGCCUCUUCACCGCCCUGGCCCUGGUUCGUCUGGGCGCGAGAGGAGACUGUGCUGCUCAGGUCGACAAGAUGCUUCGUUUUAAUACCUUCUCCGGACGUGGGAAUUCUUCUAAUACUCAGCCAGGAAUCCGAUCCCAACUGAAAAGAGUUCUCUCUGAUAUAAACUCAUCCCACAAGGAUUACGAACUCAGCAUUGUCAAUGGACUUUUUGCAGAAAAGAUGUUUGAUAUUCGAAAGGACUACAUUGAGUGUGCUGAGAAACUAUAUAAUGCCAAAGUGGAAAGAGUUGACUUUACAAAUGAUAUAGAAGACACCAGACAUAAAAUUAAUAAAUGGAUUGAAAACGAGACACACGGCAAAAUCAAGAAUAUCUUUCAUCAAGGUACCAUAAGCUCAGCCGCUGUAAUGGUGCUGGUGAACGCUGUGUACUUCAAAGGCAAGUGGGAAUCAGCCUUCACCAAGAGUGAGACCCUAAACUGCCGUUUCAGAUCGCCCAAGUGUCCUGGAAAAGCAGUGGCCAUGAUGCAUCAAGAACGGAAGUUCAAUUUGUCUGUCAUUAAGGACCCAUCCAUGCAGGUUCUGGAGCUCAGAUAUCACGGUGGCAUAAGCAUGUACAUAAUGCUGCCUGAGAAUGACCUAUCCCAAAUUGAAAAAAAACUGACCUUCCAGAAUCUAAUGGACUGGACCAAUCCAAGAAAAAUGAGAUAUCAAUAUGUUGAGGUGUUUUUCCCUCAGUUCAAGAUAGAGAAGAAUUAUGAAGCCAAACACUAUUUAAAAGCCCUAGGGCUGAGAGAUAUCUUUGAUGAAUCCAGAGCUGAUCUCUCCGGUAUAGCUGCAGGAGGCCGACUAUACAUGUCAAAACUGAUGCACAAGUCUUACAUAGAGGUGACCGAGGAAGGCACAGAGGCGACCGCUGCCACGGGAAACGACUUCGUAGAAAAGCAGCUCCCAGACUCCACAGUGUUCCGAGCUGAUCACCCAUUCCUAUUUGUCAUCAGGAAGAAUGACAUCAUUUUGUUUAGUGGCAAAGUCUCUUGCCCUUGAAAAUCCAACUGGUUUCUAUUAUAAUGGUCCCUGAAACAUCAAGGAGCCACCACAAGUGAAUAGAUUUGAAUUUAAUUGGAAGCACAUGGUGUUUCCCUUGGGUUUAUUUCCUUCUAACGUUGGUUGGCAGAUGAUUUUGGUGACUUGACCCUCCUUAGACACCUGGUUGAUUGUCUUGAUCUUGCUCUUAGCAUUUCUACCACCAUCUGCCUACCCCAUUUCUAAUUUCCUUGUCUCUCUACCCACACUUAUUUCUGCCAGUCUUCACACCAUAGCCUCUCGCACAAAGAUCUGGAUAUAACAUAUGGGAAUUGUGUAGUGCCCUGCUGGUAAUGGUGGAGUAGUAAGAUAGAAGCAGCCCUAGGGAUCUUUUUUGAAACUGUAGUUAUGGCAGAUAUUCUAGUUUUGCUGUAAAUGAUCUACAUAGUAAGUCCCACUGCGGGAAAUAAAUGUGAAGGAUAAUUUUCCCUUGCUGAGCUAAGAAGACAUUAGCAUUUAAUUUAAUAUAGUUGAUUUGAAAUUAAUAUCUAUUUUAGAUGCUAAAAAAAUAUGAAUUUGGGGUUGGGGACCAACUGAAAUGUUUCAUUAAUCAUUUUGGCCUUUCCUUGAUAGAGACUUGAUAUGUACAUAGUUUUUCAAAUAUUAAGUAUCUCUUAACAGUUGCCAGUUGUUAUUUGCAGUAUAUUAUUUCAUAUG